GUGGUUGGGGGCGUGGCAGAAGCGGUGGUCAGGGGCGUGGCAGUUACUUGGGCGGGGCCGGUAGCGGCGGGAGCUGCACUGGCCAGGGGUUCCGGCUGUAUAUCCAUGAGCGCCGCCGGCAGCCGGGAAGCUGCAGGAACCAGACUGGGGGCGAGCUGAGCACCUGUAGUCAAUCACACGCAGCUUUUAGGUUAGUUUGAAUAAGAGAUCUGACCUGAUCAGCCCAACUGUACAACUCUUCAAGGAAAAUUCAUAUUUGCAGUGAGAAGAAUAAGUAACAUUGAUCAAGAUGAAUGCCAUGCUGGAGACCCCCGAGCUCCCAGCCGUGUUUGAUGGAGUGAAGCUGGCUGCAGUGGCUGCUGUGCUGUACGUGAUCGUCCGGUGUUUGAACCUGAAGAGCCCCACAGCACCACCUGACCUCUACUUCCAGGACUCGGGCCUCUCACGGUUUCUGCUCAAGUCCUGUCCUCUUCUGACCAAAGAAUACAUUCCACCAUUGAUCUGGGGGAAAAGUGGACACAUCCAGACAGCCUUGUAUGGGAAGAUGGGAAGGGUGAGGUCGCCACAUCCUUACGGGCACCGAAAGUUCAUCACUAUGUCUGAUGGAGCCACUUCUACAUUCGACCUCUUCGAGCCCUUGGCUGAGCACUGUGUUGGAGAUGAUAUCACCAUGGUCAUCUGUCCUGGAAUUGCCAAUCACAGCGAGAAGCAGUACAUCCGCACUUUCGUUGACUACGCCCAGAAAAAUGGCUAUCGGUGUGCCGUGCUGAACCACCUGGGUGCCCUGCCCAACAUUGAACUGACCUCGCCACGCAUGUUCACCUAUGGCUGCACGUGGGAAUUUGGAGCCAUGGUGAACUACAUCAAGAAGACAUAUCCCCUCACCCAGCUGGUUGUCGUGGGCUUCAGCCUGGGUGGUAACAUCGUGUGCAAAUACUUGGGGGAGACUCAGGCAAACCAAGAGAAGGUCCUGUGCUGCGUCAGUGUGUGCCAGGGGUACAGUGCACUGAGGGCCCAGGAAACCUUCAUGCAAUGGGAUCAGUGCCGGCGGUUCUACAACUUCCUCAUGGCCGACAACAUGAAGAAGAUCAUCCUCUCGCACAGGCAAGCUCUUUUUGGAGACCACGUUAAGAAACCCCAGAGCCUGGAGGACACGGACUUGAGCCGGCUCUACACAGCAACAUCCCUGAUGCAGAUUGAUGACAAUGUGAUGAGGAAGUUUCAUGGCUAUAACUCCCUGAAGGAAUACUAUGAGGAAGAAAGUUGCAUGCGGUAUCUGCACAGGAUUUAUGUUCCUCUCAUGCUAGUUAAUGCAGCUGACGAUCCGUUGGUGCAUGAAAGUCUUCUAACUAUUCCAAAAUCUCUUUCAGAGAAACGAGAGAACGUCAUGUUUGUGCUGCCUCUGCAUGGGGGCCACUUGGGCUUCUUUGAAGGCUCUGUGCUGUUCCCCGAGCCCCUGACAUGGAUGGAUAAGCUGGUGGUGGAGUACGCCAACGCCAUUUGCCAAUGGGAGCGUAACAAGUCACAGUGCUCUGACACAGAGCAGGUGGAGGCUGACCUGGAGUGAGGCCUCCGGACUCUGGCAUGCUCCAGCAGCCCUCCUCUGGAAGCUGCGUCCCCUCUCCCCCUGUUUCAGGUCUCCCAUCUCCCUCAGUGACCUGGAUCUGACCUCACACCAUCAGCAGGGGGCACCCACCAUGCACACCUGUCUCGGAGUAGGCAGCUCUUCCUGGGAGCUCCAGGCUAUUUUUGUGCUUAGUUACUGGUUUUCUCCAUUGCAUUAUAAGUCAUGGUGACAAGUGACAGAGUUCUUGCCCUCUGUCCAGUUUCAGCAUCUGGUUGCUUUUAAGCCAAGUACAUCUAGUUUGCCUAUUAAAAAUGUGUCUGAAUAGCAAUUUUGCUUUGCCACCAAAAGGCUUUUCCCUGAGAACAGUGAAGGGUGUGUGUCAUUUUGUGGUGGUUUGUAUGUGUCCUUACGUAGACCUUAAAAAGAGCUCACCCUUCCAAGCCAAUGCUGAAGACACAGCUCAGCUUGGAAGCCUGAGAAGCCAGGCUUCCCAGGCCAGAGUGUGGCUUCUUAUAUGGCAAAGGAAAUUCCUUUGAGUCACAAGCCAAGUUUUCACCCUAUCUUCUAAGAUCAUUUCCCUACACUUUGCUGCUGCUGAGAGUUACGUGGGGCACUUGUUAAAAAUUCAGCCUCCCAGGUCCCUCCCCUCGGAGAGGCUGAUUCACUGGGUCUGGGAAGGAGCCUGGGGAUUUUAAUUUUUGACAAGUGCCCCAGAUGAUUCUCAUCACCAAGCAAAUUUUGGAAAUGCUGUUCAACAGCGCCCUUAAAUUGGAAACAUCUUCAUAGCUCAUUUUAUUGAAAUUCAUAAUCAAUCAGGGGUGUCCCUUAGCUCCCAUGCUCUCCAGAGCAGCAAGGCCAGCUGUGGAGCUGCCUUCGUGUGACCACAGUGUGAUGUCUCAGAAGGGCUCUGGGUGGGCUGAGCAUCUGGGCUGUGCCCUGGCUCAGCUUUUUACCCUCAACAAAGUCCCUGUGGACUUCAGUUUCUUCACCUCUAAAAUGGGGGACUUGGACCAGGUAGAUUGCUGAGCUCACUACCAGGUUCAGAGUUCAAUGACAAACUCAGUUCACUGAGGUUUGAGAGAACAUCCCUCCAGGGGAGCCUGGGAGCUGCUCUCCCAGUCUAAGCAUGUAGAUAUCAUCAUUUGCCUUUUGUGUGUCUGUGUGUCCCUUACUUGAUAAAAAGAUGUUUUGGUGUUUUGUUUUUUUUUAAGCACUCACUUGUAAUUUUAGUUUUUAAACCCAAGUUCCUCUAACUUUGCUUUUUGAUACCAAACAAUUCAAAAGUUGGACCUGAGUUUGGAGAAAGAUAUUUCCAACCUAAGUGGGUAUUAUUUUGAAACCAGAUUUUUAAUUUAAUAGCCUAUAUUUGUAGUCUGUUGGAUAGGUGUUUCCAAAGUGUGUCUUCUGAAGUGAAAACACAACUCUAGGUUUCAAGUACUCCUUUUCUCCGAUCCUGUGGUACUUGAAUAUCUAAAAACCCUGCACUUUGAAAAAUCAGCAGUUGCUAUCUGGAACUAAACAGAACUAUGACAAUUGCCUGGAUACUUUAAAAA